AGUUGUCGUAAGGAUGGCAAGUAGCUCAAAAGCCGAAGCAAACAAUGGCGAAUCUGGAGUAAUCGACGAAGGUGUACUUGAAGAGAUGAAGUCUUUGCUUCACGAAUUUGAGGAGGUAGAAACUGAGCUUGCACGACAACAUGUGAAGCUUUUGGCACCAAUUUACGAAAAACGACGGAAAAUCUUUGAAAAAAUUCCAAGGUUUUGGACAACAGCCUUCAUGAACCACCCACAUGUCGCCCAGUUUUUAGAUCACGAUGAUUUUGAGUCUGUUCAAUGCCUUAACGAACUAAUUAUUGAGAGAGACGAAAUAAAUUUAGAUAAUUAUAAGAUCAAAUUGACAUUUUCUGAAAAUCCUUAUUUCACGAACACUGAACUUGUAAAG